AUGGAGGAGGAGUUCUGUUGUAUAUGCCAGUUCAGUGUUACUCCACCAGUUGGAAUACCGGAUUCGUGCUCACACAAAUUCUGUUUCGAUUGCCUUCAUGACUGGUCCAAAUCAUGCACAAAGUGUCCCAUCGAUAUGGAAGAAUUUAGUGCAAUCAUGAAAGCAGAUAGUGUGGAUGGAACGANUAUACAUAUAUGCAUGUAUAUAUACAUUUUACUGCUACUUCUCAUAACAACUCUGGUUCCUGUUGACAAAGUGGAGCCAAAUUGGGAUGAUCCACUAUUGGUGGAUGACUUUAGUCAUGAUGAGCGUGCGUUGCGUCAAUAUCCUCCAGUUCAAAUGAAUGGAGUUCCGGAACUUGAUCAUACAGUGAGGAGGAUGCUAGGAGAUCUUAUUCUCCACAUGUUUAGCAAAGAGGCUUUAGUGGAGUACCUGCAGACUAAUGAGAAUACCCUCACUAUGGAUGUUUCAAGACUGCUUGCACGAUUGCAGGAUUACCGUGACGCGUGGAUAGUUAACCCAAGAGCACAACUUUCUUCCUACUGUGUUCUGGUACAAGGAAAGGUUGAGGAAUACUUAGUUCGAGACAGCCACCACGAAUGUCUGAACGAAUUGAAGUCUGAUUUGGAAGAAAGCGUGUUGUUGCUGCAGCAGAUUACAACGCAAUGA